AGGAUGAGAUACGGCUGGUUAUUAGUGUUGGUGGGUGCAGCAGUGUGCUACUACUGGCUCAAUCCCCUCUCCUCCCACUCCCCUGACACCACUCUCCUCGCCAACAAAACAGUCCUGAUAUGUGACGCCAGUGCGGGUCUCGGAGCAGAACUAGCACGUCAACUCGCGCCCCACCACGUCAAACUAAUGCUAGUCACCAGGACGGGCAGGUCCGAGUCCCUGACGAACAAACAGAACGUGUACAACAAGGAGGGGAAGAACAACAGUCCCCAGAGUCAGACCCAGAUCAGCGCGUACACGUGGAGCAGUCUGGUGAGGGUGAGGGAUGAGGUGGUGAGCUUAGGGAGCCCUCAGGUGGAGCUGCUGUCUUAUGAUUACAGUAACUUGGAGGACGCGCAUACUAUCAUUGAGAAAACAAUUGAGAAGCUUGGGGGACUUGACUACCUGGUUCUUAAUCAAGCAGAGAUUGCUAGAGGGUACCUGGUUAAGACAAGACACGGCCAAAGUCCUGAGUUUGUGGAGAGAACCUUCAGUGUAAACGUGUUGAGUCCCAUAGAGCUAGCUCUCUCGGCUUUGCCUCAUUUAGAGAAAAGUAAAGGGCACAUAUUUGUAGCCUCCUCCACCUUAUCAGUAGUCCCUAAAGCUGGUUUAGCUGUGUUGUCCGCCACCAAACACGCUCUUAACGGCUUCUUCUACAGCCUCCAACAGGAGCUGAGGGAGAAGAAGUCAGCAGUAACACUGACAGUGGGGCGGCUGGGUGAGUUAGCUGGAGGGGAUAAGAUGCCGUUGUUCACCCUCCCUGACUGGAUGGUAGGUGAUAAGGGGGAGUGUGCUGGAGGGAUUGUGGAGACAUUCUUAACACGACCUCCUACAUUCUCUUAUCCUAAACUGCAGCCGCUUUUAGCCCAGCUCUUCUGGUAUUUGGGGUGAUGAUUAGGGGGGAUUUUGGAGACAUUCUUAACACGACCUCCUACAUUCUCUUAUCCUAAACUACAGCCGCUUUUAGCCCAGCUCUUCUGGUAUUUAGGGUGAUGAUUACUUGAUUGGGUGAACUUAGCGGACUUGAUGUUUUAGUUUAUUAUGUGUAUUGUUCUUUUUUUCUGACUAAAAUUACCGAAUUUUUGCUUGUAAAUUUGUAUCAAA